AUGCUAAGUAAUGAAAAUAGUAAUAAAUAUGAUAAUUAUUAUGCAACUAAAGAACACAAUAAUGAUUAUACAACUAAUAAUGAUAAUGAUUAUUUAACCAAUAAAUAUAACAAUAAUUAUUUAACCAAUAAAUAUAAUGAUCAUGCAAAUAUCAGUAUGCCUAAAUGUAGUUCUAGUACGAAUCAACCUCCAAAAUCUAACCUUAAAAAUCUUCAACUUGUACCUAUUGAUAAGAUAGUUAGAUGUUUGUUCAAAGUUAAUAGAAUUAAUAGGCCUCAACUAUGUGGCUAUCUAAUGGGAUCAACAGAUGCUUCAAUGGGCAAUUUUAUUAGCUACUUGAUAUCACAACAUGAAAUUACUGAAAAUCUUACAAAUGACAACUUCAGCAACAGCAGUCCAAACAAACAAAUAUUGAUGAGAUGUUCUAGAGAAUAG